UCCUGCAGCUGGAGCAGAUCGGCGGGCGCCUGAGCGCCUCCCUGCUACACUCCCAUGACACGGAGACACGGGCCACCAUGAACUUGGCGCUGGCGGGCGACAUCCUUGCCGCGGGGCAGGAUGCCCGCUGCCAGCUCCUGCGCUUCCAGUUCCUUCAGCAGAAGGGCGGCGGCAAGGCUGAGAAGUCAGGCUCCCAGGAGCAGGGGCCUCGACAGAGGAAGGGGGCCGCUCCAGCAGAGAAACAGCCCGGAGCCGAAACCCAGUGCGAGGGAGGAGAGCUCAGGGUGGAGAAUCUGCAGGCGGCGCAGACAGACUUCAGCCCCGACCCGCUGCAGAAGGCCGUGUGCUUCAACCACGACAGUACCCUGCUUGCCACUGGAGGGACAGACGGCUACGUUCGCCUCUGGAAGGUGCCCAGCCUGGAGAAAGUUCUGGAGUUCAGGGCCCACGAAGGGGAGAUUGAAGACCUGGUUUUGGGGCGUAAUGGCAAGCUGGUAACUGUGGGCCGGGACCUUAAGGCCUUCGUGUGGCAGAAGGACCAGUUGGUAACAGAGCUGCAUUGGCAAGAGAACGGACCCACUUUUUCCAACACACCUUACCGCUACCGGGCCUGCAAGUUUGGGCAGGUUCCAGACCAGCCUGCUGGGCUGCGGCUGUUCACGGUGCAGAUUCCCCACAAGCGCCUGCGCCAGCCCCCUCCUUGCUACCUCACAGCCUGGGAUGGCUCCAACUUCUUGCCCCUGCGGACCAAGCCCUGUGGCCAUGAAGUCAUUUCCUGCCUCGGAGUCAGUGAGUCGGGCACAUUCCUAGGCCUGGGGACGGUCACUGGCUCUGUCGCCAUCUACAUUGCUUUCUCGCUGCAGUGCCUCUACUACGUGAGGGAGACCCACGGCAUUGUGGUGACGGAUGUGGCCUUUCUGCCUGAGAAGGGUCGUGGUCCAGAGCUGCUCGGGUCCCAUGAAACUGCCCUGUUCUCGGUGGCUGUGGAUAGCCGUUGCCAGCUGCACCUGCUGCCCUCCAGGCGGAGUGUUCCCGUGUGGCUGCUGCUCCUGCUGUGUGUCGGGUUGAUUGCUGUGACUAUCCUGCUGCUCCAGAGUGCUUUUCCAGGGCUUCUUUAGCUUCCCUGGGACAAGGUCCUGGAUACUGCCGCCCCAGAGCAGAGCAGAGCAGAGGUUGGGGUCCUUUGCUCACUCCAUCUGGGCCCACAGCUGAGGUUGCCGCCAAGAAGACUCCGGGAACUGCCCGCCCUUCCAGGUUGAAGCUUGGCUGUGGCCUGCGUGGCUCUGGGUCCUGGGAUGCCUGUGUUUGUAUCUGUGGGUCCACCCAUGACAGUGGUGCCUGAAGCACAGGCCACACUCCCUGCAUCCUUUCCUCUGCCAACCAAAGACUCCAGGACUGAGCUGGUCCUUGCUGGUGUCUUUCCUGCAGAAACAGUUUCUCUUCUUCCCCUUACAGCCUGUGGUCAGUUGCUCUUCACGUGAAGCCCUGGUGUUUGCUGGGCAGAGAGUGGCCUGGCGCUUGCUGUUGGGGUAGGAAGGGCAAAAGGAAGACAGGGGUAGUCUGUCACCUGUGGGAUCCUGUGAGUAGUACCAAGUCCACCAGCUAAUCGUGCAGUAAGUUCCUGGACAGUCCACUGCAGCCUUGAGAAGAGGGACAUGGCCCUUAGGCACUCGGCAGGAAGAGUGGGUAUUUAAUAAACAAGAAGAGACUGCACUGGGAGCCUG